AUGCUCUCAUCGAACGACAACACCGCCGAACGCGAUUCGGUCAUCAAAUUCGUGUCUUCUGAUGGAACAAUCACAACUGAGACUGUAAGCUACUCUCUUGGAAAUGAAGCUCUAUAACUUUUUGAAGCUGCUCAACGACAAUUCUGUCCCGGUGAUGAACUUGGCCCCAACUCUGUCUCCCCCAACAGCCUAUCCACUCUGCCGACCAGCUAUCAAUCCAGAUCCACUGCAAGCCUAUCCAAUAGUAAGCAUGAUCACACAAAAAGAGACACAUAUAGGUUCAACAGGAGAACAACCACUCGAGCACCGACUCCAAUCAACCUGCCGCUCCUGUUCCUCCGGAGCCAGCGCCGCUAGACGAUGGAGCCGUCACACAAACCUUGUCCUACUAUCAAUUACUUUCUUUAAUGUCGCUUUUCUCGUAUCAAAAUGAUAUUAACUCGUUGAAUAAUAAUAAUAAUAAUAAUAAUAAUGAAUAAGCGCUUUUUGGCCCGUUCUCAGUCUUUUGUUAAUUCUGAUCGUUGUGGGGUCACCAGGACCAUAGUACAUCCAAUGUAAAAUUACAACAAAAACUCUCACUUUCACAAUCAUACGUUCGGUCAUCUCUCUCUCUCUUCAUCGUAAAGGGAUGAUUCUUGUUACAAACCUGUUCGUUAUCAGUACGUUUUGCCUUUAUGUUUUUCAACGCGACGCAGAAAUAUAGAAUACCUUCGCUUCUUGGGAUCAAUCUGCCCGCCUGACGCGUGUUCUUAUCAUCAUCAGCGGUCGGGUGGACGGGAGAAAAGUACGUUUCGCGAAGAAAAUGAGCGCCAACGGAACGUCAGAGAUGCACAAUACUUGUUCAAUUGAAGCAGUUGCCAUCGUUGUAUCCGACUAUGUUUUCCCAAAAUGCUGCUGAAAACGGCGUGUGAAGAGAAGAAUCAAAUCAGCAGUUGAUAGUUGCGAAAUGUGUGAUCACAGUGGCCAAAAGUCCCGAGACGUACAGUACCUACGUGAGAAAACCUUCUACACCCAUCAUCAAUUCGCUUCGUGUGAAAAGAAGGCCGUAUCAAUCGGUCUCCCAAAACUUCCUCGACCCACCCCCUCCUUUUUCGAGAAAAAAAUGACAUUCUCCCCAGUGUCGCUAGGCAAAUGUCCACCAACUUUAACCCUCCCAUGCAGAACAUUGUCCGAGCCGCAGUCAUCUGGAGGUCUUCAUCAUCGACAAGCUCGCCGAGAUUCGCGGCAUGUGUCUCUGAUAAUUUCACAUCAUCAAUCAUCCAAUUUCAAGGUUUGUACACUAGUUUUUCAGGUAAUGAUGUGUCGGAUUUUCAGAAGAGAAGUUGUCCUUGCAUGGCCUACAUCAAAAAAUGACCGGCGUUCUCGAUUCGAUUCAAUUUCUUCACGACUGUGUUCAGAAAGAAGCCACUCCAAGACGAAGAGGUCGUUCUUCUUCAAACCGUUCGGCAAGCUAAAAAGUUCGCGCAGAUUGUAACAAUUGUGAAAAGAGAAGUGCGUCUGCCGGUCAGAACCUCAGAAAUCAUCAUUCAAUCAUUUUUUCUUCGACUCAAUAAAGUCGGUUAUCAUCAAUGUUACGUUUCUAUUUGCCGAUUUCGAUCAAUGUUGUGGAAUAAACCUCUGUUAUCAUUGUCAUGUGGAAUUGUAUUAACGCGACACACACGCAUUAUGUGAAGAUGACGAUGUGUCUGGAAAACUACCAGAAAACUACCGGUAAAGUCGGAAAUGUCCAGAUUGCUGCCUCUUAAGGACAAUCUGAACAUUUCCGACUCUCUGGCUCGGUACAGGCAUUCUAGUGGGUGCAAUUGAGUUAAAAGUGAAGGACAAUGACAAAAGGAAGAUAUUCAGACAGUUAGAAGGACCUAACACCGAAGUCGUAUCAAAAAUAAACGAGCUUCUCUACGCUGUUGGUGGUCGGCGCCUUCAUCAGAAUCUCUCCAUCAGAAUUCCACAUUGAGAACGGCGGACGCUCGGACGGCAGCCACUUGCGUGCGAUCCUUCCAGUUCAUCGACCCCUCCAUACCUUCUACAGUCUUCUGCUGCUUUCAGCAAGUGUCUAUUGCCUUCUUCAGGCUUCUCUGAAUCCCUCCUCAUUAGAAUUCCACAUUGAGAAGCUUUGACGCUGGGACGGCAGCCGCUGCCAGUGAGGAGAGGCACUCACGUGCGAUCCUUCCAGUACAUCGAGCCCUUCGUACCUUCUACAGACUUCUCCUGCGUUCAGAAGGCUUCAAAAGCCUUCUCUAGGCUUCUUAGAAUCCUCGCCGUUCAGAAUUCCACUAUACCAGCUUGGACGCUCGGACGGCAGCCUCUGCCAGCGAGCAGACGGUCCUUCCAGUUCGCCGUCCUCUCCCUGCCAUUCACGUGCUCCUGCGGCCUCAGAUGCCUUCUCUAGGCUUCUCAAAAUCCUCGCCGUUCAGAAUUCCACUAUGACAUCGUCGGGUGCUCGGAGAGCAGCCACUCCGCUAACAGUUCCACGCUAUUUUCAAACAGAAAGAGAUUGUGAAGAAGGUGAAUAAAUUUUAUCGGGAUUUUUUUUCUCACAUUUCUCACUGGAAGAGUCAUUUCUAAUAUCCCGGGAAACGCAAAACAAUUGAAUUGAACUCAUUCGAAUUGUCACGUGAGAGUCAGAAAAGGCGUACAUAUCAUUUUAGAAUUUGACAAAGAAAAACCUUGUAUUUGGCAGCAACAGCAUCAGCGUGAAAUCCCGAAAAAAUGUGGAGGGAAUAUCAUCUACCGUUGAAAAAGUUGUACGACUUGACUGAAGUGUACAACUUAUACCAAGAGUCGAAAGAUGUUUCCACUUCUAUGUGAAGUUUAUAGACCAUACCAGACGGUCUCCUAAGAUAAUCCUUUUCAAAAAAACCUUUCGAGCCUAUUUCAGGGCUCUUUCAAGACCGUACGAGACGGUGCAAAUGUCAUGUUUCGAGUAAUUUUAGUAGUCCCCAAUAGAAAAACGCGUGUCGAUUGUCGACAUUAAAUAUUUCGUCGACUAUUGGGAAGACAGUGAAUGAACAGCAAGCGUAAAAUGCAAUAAAUAGGAGGAUCGGGGUCAGUUCUAGUCAAACUCAACGUGCUUCCCCGGAAAAACCUUCUUUCAGGCAUCGUGGUCAACAAAAAUGGAAGGAGUACUCUGCUUUUUUUAUUCAGUUUCGAGAACGAACAAUUGUUUUCACUCCAUUGCUAAACAAUGACUAACUAUAAUACACUGUCCUGCUGAGCCAUCGAUAAUUGGUUCGUUCAAAGUGUCCACUGAUUUCAGUGCCUUCUGUACGAGCAAAAAAGUUUAUUUUCACUGAAAACGUCUAUUGUCAUCAUCUAUCAUCUAUCAUUGCCUCAUGUUCUUGUGCCAGUUGGCGGCGGCGGUUCAUUAGUGCCGAGCGCUGAUAUUGUUACUUUCUUAUCACUUUUAAUGGCGUUGAAUUGGAUUAUGGUGGAGGCGGAGGAGGAGGAGCAAAAUGAUGGCACAAACAGCUUUUUUCCAAAGAAUAUGUUCGCCAAAAACUGGAAAACGCCUUGGCCCCACCACUCUCUCAUUCAUCAAAAACGUUUCGUUUCGUCGAUCCAUCCAUGCAUCCAUCCAACAAAAAUUGCAAACCUAAUGAAGCCAAUUUGAGCACUCCACUCUCUCUUUUCCGUGUCCUUUUUUCAAAAGAAAAUUGCUCCUAAUCAAGAUGCUCUCCUGAAUUUGUUUUUCAGUUUUUCGCAAGUUCCGCGUGGUGCAAAUCAACUUGAAACUGAUUUUUCAUGAGAAAUGGUUGAGGGGAAAGAACAGAGACAGAAAAAAUGGAAAAAGUGCAUGUGUAUGGGGGUGCUCACGAAGAAGUUCUCAAUUCUCGCCUCUAUUUCUAUCCCUAAGGGACUAACUAGUCGAACUUUUUUCUCUCCUCUCAUCAAAUCUCGUCGAAUUUCUCUCCUCCAAACUGUUCAUUAUCUUCCACAUCAUAUCACUUUUCUUCUCUCCUCGCCCUCCUAUGCCACCUUCACUCUCUGUCGCCGGCGGCCGGCCAGCGGGUCGUGGUCGCCAGCAGUUUUUCGUCACAUUUUAUAUCGAGAAGCGUUAUCAUUCUUCUAACGUUUCUUCUCCCCGGUUUUCUUGCCUGUUUACCCACCACUUUAUGCGCUCGUUUUCAGUGAUCCACUUACAGUAGCGCCCAGAAAGUCGGGGCCCGGAGUCAUGGAGCAGCAGAUGAAGAAGGAGGAGUUGAAGAGGGAAGAAGAAGAAGAAGAAGAAGAAGUGACAGAUGAAAUACUGUUGAACAAGCCUUUGCAGCCAACCGAGUUUGAAAAAGAAGAGGGAAUUGUAGUGAGUCAAAGUAGAGAAAAAGAUGCAAAGUGGAAAAGCAAAAGUAAGAACAACGUUUUCUAUCUUCUUCUCGUGUCCUACACUCCUACUUCCCUCUCAAAAGUUUGCAAAACACGUCAAAAGUGAUAAAGGCCAUUUGUCUGUCAUUUGAUGUUAGGAAAAUAGUCUUCGGGGUACGGUAGUGAUCAUACAGAGAACGGCGACGAUCUUCCACUCCCAGCGUCUGAGAAACACCUGUCACUUCGAGUAGUUGACCCACCAAUCACCUGAAGAAUUGUUUUUCAGCUCCUAUCAUCACUUUUCAUGUUGCAGGUCGAACGGAUGAUCCAGAGAGAACCGCCGCCUUGCACGUCGUCGGAUCACCAGAAAAUAUACCGCCUUCAGCUGUACACAGUCGUCAAGAUUGUUUGGCACACGUCGAAAAUGUACCUGGCCACUCGGGGAGAGCCAGUGUCUCACACCAGUCCCUACGAUUUCUCAACACGGAAAGUCGAGAUGCUGGGGACCGUGUUGAAACAGAUAGCGGAGAGGGGAGCAGUUGUGGACCCGAGGCUCAUUGCAAACCCAUACGAGCAUAAAGAUCCGAAGAAGCCACUGAAACUUUUCGAGCAUUUUCUCUCCGAUCACUCGAAUCUUCUUCGAGACCGCUGGCCAGACGUGCAAAAAGUUGUGGAAAAGCGACUGAACGAGUUGGGCGUGCAGUUGCACUGGUCAUUUGUAACGGUGACGGCGGAGAGGUUUAGACGACGGAGCAGGGCGCUGCGAAGAGUGAUGAAUGACAACGCGGUAUGAGAAGAGGGGGGUAAAAGGUCUAUGGAUACUGUUUCCAGCCAGUUUGGUUUGAAGAACUGCGAGCUCAUCACAACUUUGGAGCAUUGGUUAUCGGACUUUACGCGACCGUUGUGACUCAGGUAGGAAUUCUUUCGUUGCCAAACGUUUUCCCCUCGCCUUUCCUUUCAGAACAAGACCUGGUUCAAAGAAGUGGAUCAGGACAGGUUCAAAAGAUCAUCUGACUUCGAUCCGAUUGUAGCCACAACCAAAGACUUUGAGACAUUUGUGCGACUCCUUGUGAUCAUGUAUGUCACUGUCAAUGAACAAGUUCAAAACGAGAAACCUGUCAUUGACUUCUCAGUAGAAUCUGUGAAUAUUGAUGAGAAGAAUCCGAGAGUUCUUGAAAGACGGAAAAGGAUUCAUGAGACUCUGGAGAAGAUUACAAAGCAAAACGAAAAGAAGAAAAUUAGAGUCAACGAAGAGCAAAUCGAAAUUCGAAUUCCGUCAACGAGUGGCAGUGCGUUCAAGGUGUACAGGCGAAAAAUCAAGUAUACGGUAGGUGCUGACGAGUACGCUACCCAUAUAAACACAUGAAGAUUCAGAAUGAACAAAUCUCCUCAUUGAUGAAGCCCUACACAAAAAUGAUUGGUGAUCGGUUGAGCAAAAUUGACGGCAUUUUUCUGAGCAUGGUGAAACAUUUCACCAAUGUACCCUAUCAUAAAGUGAGAACAUUUCUGUAUUUUGCUCCACAACUACUGUUUGUACUUUUCCGAUUGUACGAUAUUUCGAUGAAUACAAGCGGAGUAGAGGGAAUCGAAUGAGAGCGAAGAAGCCUUCUCGAGAAAUUGAAGUCAUCACUAUUUCUGCGUCAACUUCUCCUCUCCGAUGUUAGCCAAAGUGUGCCUUUUAUCUGUUUUCAGCAUGCCAUAGUAUAG